GGCGGGGGGCUCUGCGCACCCGCACGGGAAGGGGCUUCAGCGAGCCCGGCGGCGGCUGCCCGGGCUCAGGCUCGGUGUCAGGGGCAGGGCUGCGGCCACCCGCGCUGCUGCCCCUGCUCCCACCUAGGGACGCGCUGCGGCUCGGCUCCUGCUCUGGGUCGGGCUGCUGGGGGAAAGGCGGCGGCGGCGGGACUGGGACGGGCUUAGGCGACUGCUGCUGCCUAGCUCAUGUGCGGGGACACGGCUUCAGCCACCCGCCAGGGACAGACACAUCAGACUCAGCCUGUUGCCCAGGAUCUGGCGGCUGCUGCUGCCCAGGGAUUGAUUCAGCCUCGGGCUGCGCCUGCUGCUGCCGGGGCUCAGAUUCGUACUCAGGGCUGCAGCUCAGACCUCAGACCCUGCCCAGACACAUUCAUACUCCGGGCUGUUGGUUGAUUUUCGUUUUUUUGAGGUGGGGGAGACGUAUUUGUAAGGCUAAAACCCGCCUGACAUCUCCCUGCCUGGAGGAGCCGAUCAAUGAAGGGAUCCACAUCAUUGUUUGAAGGGAUACUGCUUCACUGCUCAUUUUUCUGUUGUUGUCUUUUGCUCCCUGUCCAAGCUUAGAUGUCCUUUUCCUGUUUGGAUAUACAGAAAUUACCUAUUACAAUAUGGACACGAGUAAAAAGACAGAACCCCCUGUGUCUGUAGAAAUGGUACAACAAAGGGCGAACCCUGAUCACGCUCCUGGAUCAAUUUACGUUCCAGAACAAGGUGGUUACAAAGAGAAAUUCGUAAAUACAGUGGAGGACAAGUAUAAAUGUGAAAAGUGUCAUCUCAUAUUGUGCAAUCCUAAACAGACGGAAUGUGGACACAGAUUCUGUGAAACCUGCAUUAAUGCAUUGUUAAGUUCUUCUAGUCCAAAAUGUACAGCGUGUCAAGAGAACAUAGUUAAAGAUAAGGUAUUUAAGGAUAACUGCUGUAGGAGAGAGCUUCUUGCCCUUCAGAUAUAUUGCAGAAAUGAAAACAAAGGCUGCAAUGAACUACUAAUGCUGGCACAACUACUGACGCAUUUGAGAAAUGACUGUCAGUUUGAAGAACUUUCAUGCCACCGUGCUGAUUGCAAGGAGAAAAUACUGCGGAAGGACUUGCCAGACCAUGUAGAAAAGACCUGUAAAUAUCGGGAGACUACAUGUAAAUACUGUAAAAGCCAAGUCCCAAUGAUUACAUUACAGAAACAUGAAGAUACAGACUGUCCCUCUGUCGCGGUUUCAUGUCCUCAUAAAUGCAGUGUUACAUCACUCUUGAGAAGGGAGGGAACAAAUCAGCAAAUUAAAGCACAUGAAGCCAGCUCAGCAGUGCAGCAUGUAAAUUUAUUGAAAGAAUGGAGUAAUUCUCUAGAAAAUAAGGUGGCCAUGCUCCAGAAUGAAAGUUUGGAAAAGAACAAGAGUAUACAAACUUUACAUAAUCAGAUUUGUAGCUUUGAAAUAGAAAUUGAAAGACAGAAGGAAAUGCUGCGGAAUAAUGAAUCUAAAAUACUUCAUUUACAGCGAGUGAUAGACAAUCAAGCAGAGAAAUUGAAAGAACUGGAUAAAGAGAUCCGCCCCUUCCGACAGAAUUGGGAGGAGGCAGACAUCAUGAAGAGCAGUGUGGAGUCCCUCCAGAAUAGAGUGAGUGAACUGGAAAGUGUUGAUAAAACUGCAGGACAAGGAGCUCGAAAUACAGCCGUACUAGAGACGCAGCUAAGUAGACACGAUCAAAUGCUGAGUGUUCAUGAUAUUCGGUUGGCUGACAUGGACCUCCGAUUCCAAGUGUUAGAAACGGCCAGUUACAAUGGAGUAUUAAUUUGGAAAAUUCGAGAUUAUAAACGUCGGAAACAAGAGGCUGUCAUGGGGAAGACUCUGUCCUUAUACAGCCAGCCUUUUUAUACUGGAUACUUUGGCUAUAAGAUGUGUGCCAGAGUUUACCUUAAUGGAGAUGGCAUGGGAAAAGGGACGCACUUGUCAUUGUUUUUCGUCAUAAUGCGUGGAGAAUAUGAUGCCUUACUUCCUUGGCCAUUUAAACAGAAAGUGACUCUGAUGCUAAUGGAUCAGGGACCUUCUCGACGUCACUUAGGAGAUGCUUUCAAGCCAGACCCAAACAGCAGUAGUUUCAAGAAGCCUACUGGAGAAAUGAACAUUGCAUCUGGCUGCCCAGUCUUUGUGGCUCAAACAGUUCUAGAAAAUGGAACGUAUAUUAAAGAUGAUACUAUUUUUAUUAAAGUCAUAGUGGAUACUUCGGAUCUACCAGACCCCUGACACACAAAUGGGGAGGCAGAUUAAACAGAAGACAACUCCAUUUGGGGGUUUUCUAUCAGUUUGUCUUCAAUCAGAGGUCCUAAAGCACAAAGGACCACCUUGUGGAACAGAAGGAAGAGUUUGAAGGCAUAACUUCUUAGGGUCCAAUGGCGAAAGUAGCAACACAUUCAGAAAUCAUACCAUGGUAUAUUUUCUAAUAGAACUCAUAACACUUAAACUCUGAAGAAUUAUUAAUCCCUCAUGAGGAUAAUUAUUACAGUCGGAGAGGCUUUUUUAUUUAACUUAUCCAUCUAGUCAAUUGGAGGUGAAAAGACAUGUAAAGUAUGUGCUGAAUAAAUUACCUGACUUUUCUUCAUUUAGACUAGAAUACAAAAAAGUUCACAUGUGGAUUAGCUGGAAACUGUCAGCAUGUUAAGUAAAAGAAGAAAUGAUGAAGUAAUGUUGCAACUAUGAUAUAAUUACUUUGAAAAACUAAGUGCAAUCGUGUCUGAAAUACAGUAUAUUGUCUUUUUAAGGCCUCAUCUGGUCUCUGUUUUAAUAAUUACUUUGUCAGAAGACCUUGGAAAAAUAUCCAGGUCUUCUUGAAAGUAUCUAAAUCAGAAUCAUAUUUUUAUUUAAAGUUAUAUUAAUAAUUGUUACAGAAAACAUUUUAUUUUAAAGCAGUUGAUAGACUGAUAUUUCUUGGAAGAAAAAUAGAAGAUAUCAAACACUGGUUAUCACUUGUGAUAAAAAAAGAAAUUAUUCAACUAUUGAUGUUAUUUCUCUUUAGAAAUGUAAACCUACAAUAUAUGUCGUAGUUAAUGACACUAUUUCAAAAUUAAGGAAAAAUCACUCAUGGAUGCUGUGCAUCAUUAUCAGAUUUAUAAUUGUUUUCACCCUAAAAUAGGGCAUUUGUUGAACUUUGGAGUUCUAAACGGAAUCCUGUACGCUUUUAAAGUUCUGCCUCAUGCUUUCCAAUCAAGCUAUAUAUAUUGCUGACAGCAUAAAUGUGCAACACCUAAUAUUUUCAGUGUGGGGGAAGAGGAUUAGUGCAGAAAAACAGCCAGUCAUGAUCCUCUAAGUUCAUUCUAUACUAACGAUCAUUGCAUCUUAUUAAGGAUAUAUGAUCAGAAAGCAACGGAAAGAUGAUGGUGGCUUGCAUGCAUACAUGUGCCUUAAAUGUGAUGUGCUGCUUAUAAACCAUAGCUUUGUAUUUAGAUUAAUUAUAAUACCCGAAAUGGUGGUUUUAACUGGACUUCAGGCAAAAUGUGUAGCCUUGUCUUCAGAGCCCUUAGAUAAUUUGCAACCUGCAGAAUAGAAGCCAAAGUCCAGGUUUGGCUGCGAGAGCUUCUAUGGAAUCCAUCAUGUUCAGGUCCCAAAUUUGUAUGCACACUGCUCCUAUGGAGCUUGGACUUUGACAGUGCCCCUAGGCUAACAUGAAGGAAGAAGUCAUGCUUCCUCCCAAUCCUGUGUAUGGAAGGUGGCAGCACUUUAAAUUGACUAAUCUGAGAAUUCUGAAUGGAUAUUAAUGUAUACGCUAAUUGUUGUCUGUUCACGGCAGACUGACAAACAUCCUAACCGGGAAAUACACAGGUUUCUUUGUUAUCACUGCCUGAACUUCAGCAGCAAGCAUUUCCCAGCCCUGAAACAUGCUGAUUGCAACCCACUGCGUUUAUCUACUUCUGCUUGUUAGUCUGGAAGUAGAGAGUCCAGUGGCAUAGCUUAACUAUAUACCAGUCAUCUGGGUGCUACUUUAAAAUCUGAGUGCUGCUUAGAACUAAUGUGAGAAGCAAAUUACACCUUUGUGCAUAUGAGAAGGAAUUGUGCUGGUCCUCUUGACUGUCAGGGUUGUACCCAUUCAGUUUUCCACUUUUGGGGGAGUAGACACAAUAUUUACCUAGGGCUCAGUUGAAUUCAUGCCUUUGUAGUUCAGCUUGUCUCUGUUGCCAUUGUCUUUUAUGGCUGUGCCUUCACAAACUGUGCCUGCAAGAAGUACUUUCCUGUUACAAAUAUACAGUGCAUGCUAAGUGGUCUUCAUGGGUUUUCCAGGCACCUGCUAGAAUACUGCCUGCUUCUUGGCAUCCAAAACAUUCCAUAGCAAUCAGUCUUCCUGUUCUUGCCUUCUACUGUCUAGGUACUAUAUUCCUUUUAUGGUACAUAGGUGACAACAGGUGCAGGCUAUUGUAAGGAGGCAUGUGCUAAUGUUUUACUUGUGGCACAGAAGGAGGACUUCCUGCAGAAGAUCUAUAUGGCACUUGCAGUUUUAUGCAGGCAGCCUAAGUAAACCCAUCACUUAUGCUUUAGAUCAAAGGUUCACUCAACUUGCAUACCAUUCUAAUAGUCAUGAAUGUAGGCAGCUGAGCUUUUGUGUAUGUGCAUCACAGAAUUUUACUGAAAACAGGAUUCCCAAGUGGAAAUGUCCAAAGGGCUCUGCUCCCAUUGCUAAUAUAUGUAUUGUGAAAUUUAAAUGAAAAUGUGUGGUCACAUAAGAACAGUUUCUAUCCUGUUUGACUCUGAGACUGAUUUAGGUGAGAGUUGUAUUAUAAUCAGGCCCCUGUGUGUUUUGCAAUUUUCUAGUUACAGACUCCAGGUCUUGCAGCAGAAUUAUGCUCCUGAAUUCAAGAUCGUAAACAAAAAAUGAAAUAAGAACAAGUGUAAAUUUAUAGUGUAAUCUUCUUAAGUCUGCAUACAGCUUAUAAUAAUUCUAGGAUGUCUGAAUCACCAAUUCAUUUCAGUAUGAUGUUAACUCUGAAACCUCUUGAUGAAAAUUUAAAUGUCAACAAUAAUUGUUUGCUGGUUAUUUUACCAGAAACAUCAACUAAUGAAUUUAAUCCAUAGUUCUCCAAACUUCAUUCCAUGCUUACUCAGAUGCCAGAAGUCCCAGCUGCCAAAACCUCCAGCUUCAUUCUGACAGCUUCUGUAAUGCAGUAAUGUAUUGUCAAUACAAAAAUCUUUUGGCAUUGAUUUUAAUAUCAAGAUAAUCAACAUGGAAGCUGAUACUAACUGUAUUUUCAUUUUUAAAAAUGAUGUGAAGCUGCCACAGAAUUUCCAGUUUGCUCCCCUUAAUUCUGCAAAAUUUAACUAUAUCCUGCUGUGGAGUACAUCAAUUACAGUAUCCCCAUAUCUGCAGAACUCGCCAGAUAUCCCUGGACUGAGAGAUUUUUGCUGUAUAUGCAAGUGGGUUCCCUCAGCUUCCCAGCAGUGAAAGUAUGUAGAACUUAGAGAAAUAAGGUCAUGGAAUGGCAUUCAAAUUUUGGGCAAAGAUUCCUUGUGCUUUACUGCCCUGUGAGUCUGGUAAAUUUAUUAAACAUUUUUUUCCCCUGAACAUUCAGGUUUUUUUUCCUCCCAGAUAUUUCAGAACUUUUCUGGGGACUAUCUAUAAAAAUGACUCAUAGGGCUAUAUUCUGCCCACAGAUCACACCUUUGAAACCCAUGAGCCUCAGUAGAGUUGCAUGAACGCAGUGGAGGGUCCAUGGUAUUUGAGUUACAGUGCUAAUCAUUACCAUCAACAGAAUUUAGCAAAAAGAUUUAAGUCUACCAGAAAUUGGCUGUUGUAUGCUAUACAUACAGUAUGCAUGCAUUUGUUGUUUUAAAAAAAAAGUCUCAUUCCAAACAGGAUGAAACUAUUUCAGCGUUUAAAGACCAAUCUGUGAUCCUUAUACAUGACCGCGUUUGCAUUACUUCUCCGUUGAUCUUAAAGGGAUCUUGUUUAGCUGUUGUCUACAUGUACGCCUUCACAACUUAAGUCAACUGCUGACUUUUUAUAUGCAAUGUUGAUUUCAGCCUUUUACUGUAAAUUUGUUCUUCUCAAAGAGAAUGUGCAAUAGGAAAACAGAAAAGGGUAGCUUAACUUCAGUGAUAAUGAAAUGUAAUGGGUAACAUGCUAGUUAUCUUUUAAAAAAAAAAAAGAAAGAAAGAUAAAAUGCAGUUUAAUUCCUCUUCCAAAUUGGUUUUCCAAUUUGGAAAAGGAAAGUUGAAGAUAUGAAAUGUGCCUGAUGAAUCUCUCAAAUGCAAGGUAAUGGAGAUCUGUGUGUGUUGUAGUUUUAAAAUACUGAACCCAUGAAUGUUAGGGUACGAUUGUACUGCUCAAGUUGCUACCAACUUGCCCUGGUUAUGGCAUGUUGCGACUGAGUUUAAAACCCACCUAUUUGUUAACUAUAGUCCAUCAUGCUGAAUAGGCAUUUCACCAACAAUGCAGUUUCUAAUAACAUUGGUGCUCUGUGGUGCAAGACAGAAAAGCCUGUAGGCAAUGAUAGAGAAGUAUUCUGCACCUCCUGACUAUAUCAAAUGUUACUGCAGUCUUGAUGCCUUGAUGUUUAACUAUGCAAAUAUAUUAAUAGGUGGAGGGAGAAAAAUAAUCUUAGCUAAUGAAUUUUAGUUACAAACCUAGUAUCUUAGUUUUCACUGUUACAAUGUUAUAUAUAUUCCGGGUUUGUCAUCAGGCAAAGAAUUGUUUGACCAUAUAGAAGUGGUCAAAAUAACCCCAGCCCCCAAAUCAGUCUUGGUCGACUGGUGCAAAUAUUUUUUGCUGCUGUUAAGGGAGACUCAUGGAUAGUAGCAAGCCCUGGAUUCCCACACUCCAGGUAUGAAGACUCAGCACACUGCACACAAAAUCUGCUUUGUCUCGUGGGAAGUGGGUAGCUUGCUGGAUCCUUCUGAAAACUUUAUAUGGAUGCUCCAGGGAGUGGCGUCUAGUUCACACACCCUUCCUUUCACUCAGCUAAUCAGGAGAUUCAGGGUUUUUUUUUAAAAAAGAAAUAGUUGGUGCUGGGCAGCUCAGACGGAAGAGGUGGGGCAAAAGAUUGUUUAUUUUUUAUUCGUGAAGGUAAGAACAUGGAAAAACAGCUAGUCCUCUGCCCACCUCUUCCUGGGAUUCCUGCGGUUUACUUCAAUCAAUACCUCUCAACUUCUGUUGACCUAGAAAUCAUGGAAACUUCAAAAAAAAAAAUCUACCCUGGACUUUGGUCUAUUUGAUCAUGAUUCUUAGUGCUUACUGUAUAAUACAUAGUGCUUUUCAUUUACAAAGCAUUUUACAAACAAGAACUAAUCCUCACAAGAAGCAUUCACGUAUUAUAGACAGGAAAACUGAGUUAGAGAGGUUGAAUGACUUUGCCCAGAGCCACAAAAGGAACUUGUGUUGGAGCCAAGAUUAGAUUAGAGGUUCCUGUCUCCUAGUACUAUGUUCAGACCACUGGACCUCACCUUUUCAUGUGUUUAUCCCUUAAAGAAACUGAAAAACAAAGUGACUUAUUUUAAAGACCCACAGUCAAGACUGUAAGGGCUAGAAUUAAACAUACGAGCUGUCAUGAUUUGGGGGCAUGCACGUGACAGCCCACGUGUCACCAAACACAGUACUUUUCAAUUGUUCUUUUUAUGGUGCCCUCAUUUUGGGGAAUAGAUUUUAAGGGCUCAAGUAGGCAGGGGGACCAAAAACCGUUUAAGUGGAUUUAUUUUGGUUAUGUCAACCUUUACUGUGACCCUUUCUCAAUCAGUUUAGCUGAGCAACGAAAUUGAGGGUUUCACUGUUACUUCCUGCCUUUUAAUCUGAGUCUCAAGACAGUGGCAAAUGGAGGAAGGUCAAGGAGAAAUUUUGGGUGCAAAUUCAGAGGCAUCCCUUAAAUUCUGUUAGAGUUAAGAGAGACAGCACACAAGGGAUCUGUUUAAUCCUAUUUCUCUUCUAAUUUAUUGGCAAGACUGUAGCGUUUGUCUUCCAUCUCAUGAUCUUAGUGUCUAUAUUAGGCCACGGUUUCUCCAAGUUAGGAUUAGUUCCUUAGGGUUCAAAUAACAUCUAAAUUUCACAGAGCUACACCUGAUCCAAUAUCCCAGGAUUUAUGUAAAUUCAGAUCUGGAUUCCAACUCUGUGGUUUUGGUUCAUCAACCCACUUAAGCAAGGGUUUGUUGUUCGUGGUGUUUUUUUUACCUUUUGGUCCUUUGGAACUAAACUGUUAAUUUGGUUGCCAGUUCCACGAGGACUUUUUAACUUCUUAGCAAUGCCAGUGUCCACUCGCACCAUUGCUAGCAGUGGGAUGCGCAGUGAGAAAAUUUGACUCUGUCUAAGGGUUACUGAGAUAAACCAGCAUUGCCAUACGUAAAGGUCAUUCUCCUGCAUAGAGUGUUCUGAGCUUUAAAUUCAGUUAUAGCUCAUUUUUGAAAGGAUACAUUUUCCAACUAUGACCUGUCUCACUGGCAGCGAGUUGUAUAAUCUGCACUUGUGGAAUGGAAAAGUUCAGGCUUCUAUCAUUGCUGAUGCACCAUAUGAUCCACACAUUUAUUUUCCUUGUAGCUGUUGUGUUAGGGGUUAUAUAACUUUUCAGUUUUAUAGGGGAAUAAAGUUCAGGAUUUCUUAUGAGAUAUAAAACUCCAAUAAUUUAUUAGUGAUUAGGGGAUGUUAAUAUCCCAUUCAGAAGCGAUGGGUUGUAGGUAGGUCCAUUCCUCUCAGACAAGUAGGAUAACCUUUAAAACACACGAAACAACAUACAAAUUAGAAAAGCUAAAAGCUGACAUUUCCAAGAAAUUCUCUUAAGAAAUAUCUGUGGAAAAUACAUGAGUAAUCAAGAAUAGUGUACAAAUUAAUGUUUAUAAAACUUGUGUAAUUUACAUUUUAUCUCAUACUCUUCAGUGAAUGGUACACCUGUUAUGUUCAGUUUUACAAUCCAAAAACAAAGACCAAAGAAGGCCAACCUCAUUUGAUUGUGUAUAUUCUGCCUGUCUUAAUUAUCAAUAGCUGUAAGGAUACAGUGCAAGUGAUCUGGUAACCAGUGGUAUUCGUACUUUUUUUUUAAGGGGGCGGGGGGUGGGGACAGACUUUAAAAAUGUAUAAUUUAUUGCUCAGCAAUAACCAUGUUGUUAAUAAUAAUAAUAAUAAUAAUAAUAAUGAAGCAACAUGUCUUAAUUUUCCAAUAGCAUUAUUCGAUGUUGUACUUCAGUUUGUUGUAUACUGUGUUUUUUGGUAUUUAUUUGUGUUUGGAGGUCUUGCUAUGUCUUUUGUGUUUUAAUGCUAAUACAAGGACAGUGUGUAUAAGAGUGUAGAAUGCAAAACUAUGAAAUGCUAAACUAUCUGUUAUUAAAGGAAAAAUAAAUCUAAGUAGGAAAUCGUAUUUUUUUAAAACGAGAUGGUGUAUUGGAAUUUGAAUGGCUUGAGCUUACUUACAGAGUAAAAAUGUAACCUUUCA